GUCCCGGCCGAAGAUCGGCGCGCCUUUCGCCUCAGAGCUUCUCACCCAACCCCCCCCCCAACCCCAGCCACCCACUCACUCACUCAACUCAACUCAACUCAACUCCUCCGCCCGACCGACCGACCGACCGACUGACCAACCAACCCACCCGGCUCGCAGCGCCCGCUUUCAGCCGCCCGCCGCCACGGCAUUUCCCGUGGAGUCGGAGGGAGGCGGCGGCGGCGGCGGCGGCGGUAGUGGUAGUGGUAGUGGUAGUAGUGGUGGUGGUGGCGGUGGCGGGUCCGUGGGCCCGCGGCGGGUUUCGUUAUUCUCCAAGUAGUUGGUGGAUGAGCCCCCGGAUGUUGGCGCAUGGAUAUCUCGGCCGCCUCUCCAAUGUGCUGCUGUUGAAGAGGGGGUGUUUUAAUUUGUCAAAAUGAAUCCUCAGCAGCAGCGAAUGGCAGCCAUAGGGACGGACAAAGAACUCAGCGACUUGCUGGAUUUCAGUGCGAUGUUUUCUCCACCUGCAUCUAAUGGAAAGAACCGACCAACCACGUUAGGAAGCAACCAGUUUGGGGGAACAGGUUUGGAUGAAAGAACAGGCCCUGGCCCAUGGGCGGCAGGUACACAGAGCAGUAGCCCAUCAACAUAUGAACAACCGAGGGGCUAUGGUGAAGGUUCCCACUAUGGCGAUCAUGUAUCAAACAGAGAGUUGCCAUCACAUGAUGGCAUAUCUUCUUCGUCCUUCAUAAACCCUGGCCUUGUUGUCAAAAAUGCUGAGAGAGUUCCUUUCCCACCAUUUGGAAGAGACUCGACCAUGCCAGGUUUAAAUCAGGGAAGUUUUCUGAACUCUGAAAUGGGAAUGGCCAAUUCGGGAGCAAUAUCACCAACUGGAGUCAAACCGGGCUCACAGUAUUACCCCUACGCCAGCAAUCCUCGAAGGCGACCAGUGCAAGAAACGAGUAAUCUAGAAUCCCAGCCCAAGAAAGUACGAAAGGUGCCUCCUGGCCUCCCAUCUUCGGUAUACGCUUCAACAUCAAGUGAAGAAUAUAGCAGAGAUUCAGCUGGCUAUUCUUCAUCCAAACCUUCAAGCUCUGUAUUUCCAGGCUCUUUCUAUAUUCAAGAUGGUAUUCAUAACGGUCCUGAUGUUUGGAACUCAUCCAGUGGAAUGGGUCAGCCAGGAUAUGGAGGUUUGAUGGCAAAUUCUUCAUCCCAUUUGUCCCAAUCUGGUGGCUACAGCAACCUUCAUCCACAAGAACGCCUGAGCUACCCAAUACACAGUGUGCCAUCAACAGAAGUUAACGGAAGUCUUCCUUCUAUGUCUGGUUUCCACUGUUCCAAUAACGCAGGUUCGGCUGCGUACGGCGUUUCAUCUCACACACCCCCAAUCAGUGGGACAGAAACCAUCAUGACUAACAGAGGAAGCUCAGCUGGCAGUCCACAAACCUGUGAUGCACUGGGAAAGGCUCUAGCCUCGAUCUAUUCACCAGACCACACCGGCAAUAACUUCCAUUCAAAUCCAUCAACACCAGUCGGGUCCCCACAGGCAAUUGCAGGUACAGGUCAGUGGUCUAGAUCUGGAGGCCAAGGUGCAUUAUCACCGAAUUAUGAAGGGACAGUACAUAACCUGCAACAGAGUAAAAUGGAGGAUCGACUAGACCGACUGGAUGAUGCCAUUCACGUGCUGCGUAGUCAUGCUGUUGGAUCAGCAACUGCCAUGCCUGGUAACCAUGGUGACUUGCAUGUAUUAAUAGGACCAUCACACAAUGGCCCAGUUGGAGGUAUAGGCCCAGGAUUUACACCCCCAGUGCUGAUGUCAGCCAACAGGCAUUCUAUGGUUGGAGCUCAUGAAGAAGGCUCAGGAAUAUCUAGUAAUGCUAGUGUUCUGCCUAACCGUGCACUGCCAUCACAGUCCACAGCACUGUCGGACCUGAACCGACCACAAGAAACUUACAGUGGAAUGACUGGUGGUCUGCAGAGAUCAAGUGUUAGUCAGUCUAGUGCUGAUAUUAAGCGAGAAGAAAAGGAGGAGGAUGAAAAUCACAAUUCCUCAGGUUCAGAAGACAAGUCAGAGGAUGAGAGGAAAGAUUCCAAAAUGUCAUCAAGGGCAUCAAGAACAAGUACUGAUGAAGGCUUUACAGGUGAAGAAAAAGAGAUGAAGGACCGUGAAAGGCGAAUGGCAAAUAAUUUGAGGGAGCGAAUUCGCGUCAGAGACAUUAAUGAGGCUUUCAAAGAGUUGGGCCGCAUGUGUCAGAUGCACUUAAAAACUGAUAAAGCUCAAACCAAACUGAUCAUCCUGCAGCAGGCCGUCCAGGUCAUUCUCUGCCUUGAACAGCAAGUACGAGAACGUAAUUUGAAUCCUAAAGCUGCUUGCCUUAAGCGAAGGGAAGAGGAGAAGGUAUCUGCAGUAGUAGGAGAGCAGCCACUGCCCCUUUCAGCUGCACAUCCUGGUUUGGGAGAUAAUCACAAUGCAGUGAGCCACAUGUAGGAGCUCCAUCUGCCUGGUUUAACUGAAGGUGGUGAGCAAGAGGGACACGUCAUGUCAUCUUUCUCUUUAAGGAAGAAACCUUGUUCUGCCAAAAAGAUGAUAAACUGACAAAUCCUUUCUGGAUCAGAAUUGCAGAUGUGAACAUAUGCAUUUGCUGUAUCUAUCUAAGAAAAAAAGGGGGAAAGUCGUCAUAUAUCAUUGAAGUACUGGAUCUCUGUGCUGCAAAAAAGGUUUUUUCUACAGCCCAAAGAAAAAAUCUUCCCCACAGUGGAAAAAAGGAGUUAGUGCCUAAGCUUAUUUUAAAUCCCAGUAUGUUUUAAUGAAACUUGCAAGGAUGUGAGGUUGUUUUGGAACAAAAUUUCAAAAGUCCUUUUUUGCUUGUUUUGUAAGCAAUUGGUCUUAUUGUUUUAAAAAGAGAACUUUUGGUGUCCUUGGUUUGCAGCAUUCCCAGCAAAAAUAUUUGUCUUACUCAAUUGACACACAAGCGACCACUCCAUGUCUCCCUGGUAGUUGGCUGGGAAGGAUUGUUAGCCAACGGACAAAAUAUUCUACAGACCUUCUCUUGCCCUGCCUUUACGAUCAGGUAUAUCUGGAGGGCCAACAUAAUGAGUGCAUUACAAAAGCUAGUUCAUUCAUUUGUAGGGAGUUAUUUUAUGUAAAAUGAGCAAAACUAUAUUUUUGCAUUAUUAGACUUUACAUUGUAGUUUUUUAAGGUAGCUGGGCAUAGUGUGUACUUAGAAAUUGAAAAGUCUGUGAAGGCUUUCAUAUUGCAACAGGUAAUGUUGCAGAUUCUAGGUAUUGUAUGACCAUAGUUUGUCAUGGACUUAUUCAAGAGUGGGAAAAAAUUCCACCUUUUGUAGGAUUCCUGCACAAUGAACUGUUUAAAUGUUUAAAAUUCAUAUGAAUUGGUUGUGGAAUCUAAUAAGGAUGUGAGCAACUUGCGUUAUCAGUGGCUUGCAUUAUGCCAAGCUGAAUUCAUUUCUGCAGCAGCCUGUGUACUGUGGAAACGAACCCAUUACAAAUAAAACACGGAAUCAGUCUUCCACUGAGAACAUAUUCACAGACUUUCACCAGCCAAGCAGAAGACACAGUACUUUUGACAUAACUUUUUUUUAUUUUUUAAAAAAAAAAGAUGUGAACAAGUGGAAAACGGGCACCGAAACCGUGGGACUGAAUGAACAAAGUUUUUGACAUUUUAGGGUAAAAUGCCUGACAUUUCUAGAACUGCAUUAAAUAUUGUGCAGUGACAUUUCUCAGCUCAUUUUGAGUAUUGCAGAUGUAUGUAAUAGUUAAAAAAAAAUUACGUGGCCUUUUCAUUCUUGUACUUGUGAUGCAAUGUGAACAGAAUGAAAAAUGACCAGUGCCUAACAUUUCAUUAAAAGCCUCUUUUUUGUCUAGUGCUUUUUUUGCUAAGAAAAGACUUGCAGUAUACCCUUACAAAGUGAAAUUUAAGGAAAAAAGUUGGCUUAUUUUCACAACAGCGAUCCUUUUAUACCAUAAAUCUUGAAAAUGUCUUGGAUUCUGAAUGUUACUUUUUGUAGAUUUUUACUCAAUGUCUGAUUCCAGAAGUUUAUUUUACUACAUUUAGGUAAGGCUUCUUCUAGCACCCAUACAGUACUUAAAUGUUGCACAAUUAGAUUUCUGAUUGUGUUGCUGAGUGCCUCAAGUUCCUUGUGUUUUUUUUUGUAUUUGUACAAGCAUCAAAACAGCUGGCUGGAGUAUUCAGAAAAGUAGUUUGAAUCAUUUCCUUUUGUCUUAGUAGCUAAUGAGAACUGUCAUGUAUAUAACAGUAAUGUAGCAAUAAAUGUGCCAUUUUUAUAACAGGAAUGCCCCUCCUUUUUAAUGUCAGUUUAAUCUUGUAUACCCAAUGUCAUUGUAAUAAAGGGUUUACCUUAAAUUUAAA